AUGUCAGACUACAGUGCAAAGCCGUCGGGCAGUUUGGCGCGCAUUGGGGACUACGACCUUAGCUCAGAUGAUUCCGAUCAGAAUGACGAGGACGAAACUCUGAUAGCUUCAAAAACAAUACAAACGGGCGCUGUUCAGGUGAACGAUAUUGCUGUUGCCGAGGCAUCUCCAGCAGAAACUGAUGCAAAGUCGAGUGCAAGUCCGGUUUCGGGUCCGGAGCCACCAACAUCAGCAGUCGUUGAAAACAGAGAUCUUGAUGAAUUUAAAAAAGAAUCGGGUAGCAACGAUGACAAGCAAGAGGAAAUUAAUGAGGACAAGGAUUCCAAUGAAGAAACAGUUUUCCAACAAACAGAAAGUGGAUCUGCAGACGUUGUUGAUAAAACAGACGUGAAGCAAAAAGACUCUGAUUCCUCUGCAGAUGAUGAUCACUCUCAUAGCAAAAGCGGCAGUGUUCACAGUCCACAGAAACCACAAGGUUCCACCACGCCGUGCAGUGUUCAGAGCCCAGCUAGUCCAGUAGGCGAUGAGCAAGCUGUUAAGAUGGAAGAGGUCGAAGAGCCAAUUGUCGCAUCAGAAGAAGUUCCUGACAAGAAACCAGAAUCCGUCAAAGAAUCCACAGAUUCAGAGUCAAGUGGAAGUGAGCAUGGUUUUGAGAAAAUGGAUACUGCUGAAAAGGUAGAAGAUGAAUGUAACGACGAUGAAGUGGCAGCUUCCAAUGGCACAGAAGAACCGGAACCAGGCGACAAAGCUGCAGAUACUGUGAAUCCGUGGGAAACGCCUAGACAGGAACCUGUCGAUGGUGUCGUCCAACCACGCACUGAACCACCUGCGGGUAAACCAACUCGUCACACCAACUGCCUUGAUUUUGUGCUUUUCACCGUUGUGAAAGAUGCUUUGAAGCACAAGCACUCGUGGCCUUUUCAGUUGCCGGUUGAUGCUAUCAAAUUGGAAAUUCCUGAAUAUCACAAUAUUGUCAACACUCCCAUGGACCUGCGAACCAUCGAGAAACGGCUCCGUAAUUUAUAUUAUUGGUGUGCUGAGGAUGCAAUAAAAGAUCUGAAUACAUUGUUUGAUAACUGCAAAAAGUUCAACGACCGCAACGACGACAUUUAUAUUAUGUGCGAGAACAUCGAGGGUGUCGUUCAGAGAGGGUUGGAGUGGAUGCCAUCGGAGGAAAAACCGGCUGAUCUCGCUGAUCAUCAUCGUCGGGGAAUGUUUUCUGCAUCGACACCUAGUGGCAAGACAAAGGGACCAAAGCAGCGUGGAAGAAAAAGCACCCGUGGCCGGAAGAAGACCUCACUUCCUCGUGGAGCCUCUACUUUCAAGGAUGAGUCCGUGGACGAUAAUAAUGACGAUGAGUCAUCCAAAGUGGAUUCUAUCAAUUUUGACGACGACGAUGAUACUGCCACUGAAAAAGAUGCCGAGAGUCGUGCAGAAUCUGUUCAACCAGAGGUCGUUAAUGAAGAGCCAAAGCCUUCCACUUCUCAACCACCAUCAAAAAAGCGCAAAGCUGAAAAUGGUGAACCAGCAGUUGCUGUGAAAAUUGCUACUCCAGCGACCCCAGUGGCUGCACAUCCUCAAGAAGAAACACCUCGACGCAAAAAUCCGAACACUUUGAUUGAAUGGAAACAUCUUGUUCCUCGCUGGCAAGGUAAAAUUCCUGAAUGGCAAAAGUUUUGCUCAAAGCUUCUAAACGAAAUUCACAGUGUUAAAAACAAAGGUUUUGCUCAAGUUUUCUACUUGCCUGUUGACCCCAUCAAGCUGAAAAUCUACGAUUACUUGGAAGUCAUCACUAACCCAAUGGACUUGCAAACAAUUAAAAAGAAACUUGAUUUUAAGCAAUAUGCUGAGCCAGAAGAAUUUGUUCAUGACAUCAACCUAAUGGUUGACAAUUGUUGCAAAUACAACCCAAAAGGCUCACCAGCUCAUUCCAACGCUUUGGAACUCAGGUCCUUUUUUGAACAACGAUGGAAGUUGUUUCCUCGUCCAGGUGUCGAUCCAAUCAUUGCCGACUCGUACAUCAAUCAAAAUCUAGUCGUAAACACUGAUCUUAUUGAGGACGAGCGUAUCAACAGUUAUUUGAGUGCCGUCAAAGCUGAGGAGAAAAAGUGUGCUGAAAAGUUGGAACAACUUCGUAGCAUGAGUGAAGGUCUUUACACCAUUGCCAUGCAGCGUCGUGAAGCCAAAUUAGCUGGAAAUACAGCUCCGGCUCUAGCUCAAAAUCAGUUAUCACAAUUGGAAGGUCUUGGAAUCAGCAUCAAGUCGACACCAAUGAUGAUUCCUGAGCUGAUUUCACCAGCUCUGUCUGUGCGAUCUUCUAGUCGAGCUCCUGUUCCCAAGAUCAUUGAUGACAUCGGACCAUCGCCAAUCAAAGCAAGAAAAAUAUCGAAACCUCGUGCUUCUAUGGCUUCGAACGUAUCUGUGCCCUACACUCCUACAGGUAACCCUCGCGGAAGGAAACCAAAGAAGUCGGGUCGUCCAAAGAAGAAUAUUUACUCGCCGGCGACUGUUUCAGAAAGAAUAUCACAACAACCGCCGUUUGAGGUCACUCCUUAUGUGUCUAUUUACGGAAGAAAGGUAGUCGGUACUAACGACAAGAUAGAGCUCUCUGAGCGAAUGGCUUCUAUUCCACAAAUGUACAUUACUCCGAUCUUGCGCAUUAUUCAAAUUGGACACCACAACACUGGAAAAACCAUUACGUCCCUUCGUUCCCUUUGUGAGGAGGAAAUUGACUUUAACGACGUUUCUGACGACUUAGUCAUCGAGCUGUUGGAUUAUCUUGAGAUGAUUCAAAAGGACAAAGCGAAGGCUGAGCAAGUUAGACAGGAGCUUGAAGUAAAAGCAAAGUUCUAUGGUUUUGAAGCAUACGACAAUAAACUUGGAACAAUCCCCAAAACUCGGAACAUGCCGCCUCCAUUACAACAUCGUAUGCGCUCCGACUCGCCAUCUCCAUCGGCUUCGCGUACCGGCAACCAAUCAUCUGAUUCGGAUUCUGCAUCGGAUGAUUCAUCGGAUGAUGAGCCAAGCCGUAGCAACAGUAAUGUAGCUGGUCCUCGCCGUGCCCUCGAGUUGAGUGGAAACUCAUCCAGUGCGUCUACUCCAGCAGGGCCCAGCAAAGCUCAGCCUGCAGUUGUCCGUCCGUCGUCAAAAUCGGUGGCUUCAAAGCCGGCAUACACAAAGCGGACGUUGUCAGAAAGCUCGAGUUCGUCGGACAGCAACGGUUCAUCGUCGGACUCGUCUGAUUCGGAUUCUGAGCCAAGUUAGUUAUACCCACCGCCUCCUCUGACCAUGUAAAUAAGUAUACACUUUUAUAAUUAUCAUAAAUGUGCACGAAUCUCAUAAGACUCCCAUCAUCUCAUCCCAUCACAACAAACACUGUCCUCUUACCUAUAUUGCAUAAUUUUCCCAGUAACUAAGAAUUAAUGUCGUGUCAAUUGUCUUUUUUUUAUGUUUUAGGCGCGAAAAUUUUUGAUUGCUAUCAUCAUUAUCAUUUUAAUAAGGUCUCUGAUUUCAUCAAUGAUAAUCAUCCUUGUUUUGUCAAACUUGCUUUACACAUUUGGCAAUAAGUUCUUUGUUUUUGGCAUUUUUUUCCUGUGUUGUAACAUCCCAUGAAAAAAGAAACAAGAAAAAAAGACUAUCGCAUCCAACACAAAACGAAGACAACAAGACUAUAACUAUUAACAUUCCUGCAAACGGGGCAUAAUCACAGAAAACAGAGUGUUUUUUUUCAGAACCACAGGCCAAGAAACCUGAGCCGCCACAAAAGAAAGUUGCAAAAAAACCAGCUCCACAGCAAAAAAAGAAAGCCCCACUUUCAAUUUUGGAUGAACUUCUUCCGGACACACCCGAGAAAAAACCAGUGAUGGCCUCUGUCCCAACUACUAGUGGAUCUGCACGGCAACUUCCACCAGACUCAUAUCAAAAGCCAUCUCAAAUUUCGGAAGCCGAGUUGAAAGCUCAAAAGGAACAGGAGCACAAUGCUGCUUUGCAACGAAGGGAAGAGGCUCGUCGUCUCCGAGCUCUUGAAGACCAACAGCAAGUCUUGAAUCAACACGAAGUUAUGCAUGAAUUCGAAAGUCAGUACGGCGAUUUUUCAUAUUAAUGCUCAAUUGGCCAACCAUUUUCAUUAAAUGUAUUGUUAAAUAACAAUGAUAUCUCUAGCAACCUCACACCGAUCCCCAAUCCCCUGAUCUUAUGCCAAAUUUAAUUAUUAAUUGUUUGUUUAACUUAUUUGUUUGAAUUCCAAGGGUCCCACAUUAGCAGUUUGUCAUGGCUGCAGUUACAGUAACGUUUCUGUAAAACCACCUUCCAUUCACUUUCAUCCCCGUCAAUCACCACAAUCAUCAUUUCAAAGCCUUCUUUACUUGAUCAACAACACUGAAUCUCGUUUGCAGUAGAGAGUAUUAAUAAUUAUUAAAUAGGUUUGUGUUUAAGAAUUAAGUAAUUGUUUGUUUACUUUUUGAUUGAAUUAGAAUUACCUCGUCCCAUCCCAAAUUGAUCCAUAUACUGGAUUUUUUAUCUCAAAUUUUACCUCAAAUUACUCAAUUGGCAUGAAACCAAUUAUCACAUUUUUUUACUUUCCAAAUAAAUUAUGAAACUUUAAAAAAA